AUGGUCUCAGCUGGCCUUACAGACCUCCAAAAAAAGGAGCUCACGGAUGCGUUUAGGAGAAUCGACAAGGACGGCGAUGGCGUCAUCACGGCGGAGGAGCUGGCCACCGCGCUGAACCUCAUCGGCGUCUCGGCGUCGGAGGAUGUAGUGUCGUCAAUGAUGCGUGAAGGGGAUUUCGACGGUAACGGUAGCGUUAACUUGGAGGAGUUUCUAGCGCUGAACGCCAUGGCGGAGCGCCUAGGAGGCGACGUGUCGCGGUCGGUGCUGAAGGACGUGUUUCAGGUGUUCGACGUGGACCACAACGGCCAGAUCUCCGCCGACGAGCUGUUCCGCGUGAUGGCCAACGUCGAGGGCGGCGGCGUGACGCUGGACGAGUGCAAGCGGAUGAUCAGCAGCGUCGACAUGGACGGCGAUGGCUUCGUUGACUUCCCCGAGUUCGAGAGGAUGAUGCAGGCGCAGAGCGUCGCGCACGGCGCUUAUCAUAAGCUGCUGCCAUCGUAA